CGCACUAGGCCCGAUUGCUCACAAUCAUAUAAGGUAUAGCUCGCAUGUAACGAGCCUUUAAUAAGGCAAGCCGGCGGAUUCCGCAACACUCUGAACGAAACGUUUCGCGCGAACGAGGGCUUCUUCGUCACAAAUUUCUCCUCGCGAGAUAUGAAAGGCGAAGGCAUUUGGAACGAGUCGUUUACCAUCGUCUCACGCUAUAUUCGUCGCAAGACUACACGAACGUUCGCGUUCGUACUAUUCGUCACCAUAGCAAGUAUACUUUUGCUUCAAGCAUUUUGGCGAGGUUUACAAAGUCAUUGGAACGACGUACCAGUACCGGUGUUAUGGACAACGACGACUGACACAAAGCCUUUACCUCGCAAGUUGCACACCCUGACGUUACCGAACGAUUCGUCGUUCCCGUUAAAAAUCACCACGCGACUCAACCCGACGUGGACGUUGAAGACGUACGACGUGUACGGCGGAGCCGAGUAUAUAGAAACGAACUGCAAAAAAUAUUUACGCGCGUACAGAGCACUAAAACCACUCGCGUUCAAGGCUGAUUUGUUGCGGUACUGCAUUCUGUACACCGAAGGCGGCGCUUGGAUGGACGAUGACAUUUUACUGGUGAAGUCUCUCGACGAAUUGACCCACGAUAUGCGCCACGACGCGUUGUUCGUGUACGACAGACGCGUGUACAAACUCGCGGGCGGGCCGAAACAAGUGUGGAACGCGUUCAUGGUGGCGGUCCCCGGGUUGGAUGUUUUCGCGCGCGCGAUGGACAAAAUCGCCGCGAACGUCGCCGACCGACAACACUUUUAUCAUUCGUUGUACUACACCGGGCCCGCGUUGCUCUACGAAAGCAUCGCGGAUGGAGAUUCGAUCGAGUUCCGUUGGCGCGUGCAACAUAGAGACGCGUUGAGCGCGGCGAGUCGACGCGUCGCGGACGUGCGCACAGACGAGGAGGUGUUGUUGCACUUUAAGCUGCCUCGAGCGACGAAGCACUACAGCGAAAUGUCGCGGGGAGGGGACAUUUAUGCGUCGUGAAGAAGUCGGUGGAAACCAUUUGGCGCGAUCGAUCGUACGUAGAUUCUAGCUCAACGUGUAGUGAUGUAGUCUCGAAAUCGCAUCAUAGUGUA